UUACCAAAUUCAGAAGAUCAAUUAGUUAACUUUAUUCACACCUAAGAAAAUCUAUCAAUCUACCGGAUUCAACUGUCCUUUGAGACACAUUACCAAUAAGUGUCGUCGUCACUGCCAUGGGCUGCACUACGCUAGUCUUGUUGUGAUUGAAGAGGCAGCUGGUGAUGCAGCAAAAGCACCUGAAUUAGGUGCCAAGUGUGAUGCUAAUUUGGUGUAAGGGAGAGCACUCUUCUUAGGGAGAUUUGCAGAAGCCAAGAAAAGUAUUUAUUGAAGGAAAAGAAAAAGCUAGUCUUGAGUCAGUUCAGCCAGUGGGGUAGACUGGAUUGAGGAAUAAAUAAGAAGAUUAUCUCUGAGAGCCCAAAGACAUGAAUGAAAAUGGCAGCAACAAUGCAGAGAAGUCUGAAGCGGUUAAGCCACCUGCUGUUGAUGAGAUGCCUGUUCCAAAAAUAAAGCAUGAUUGGUAUCAAACGGAAUCCCAUGUAAUUAUCACAGUUCUCAUUAAAAACCAGAAAGCUGAGAAUGUCAAGGUUAAUUUUACUGAGAAAACUGUUAGUGUUACAGCUCCUCUUCCAAGUGGAUCAGAGUACAGCUUAGAAUUAGAUGUUUGCCACCCAAUCAAUCCUGAACUGUCUUCAUUCAAAGUUGUACCUUCAAAAGUUGAAGUGAAGAUGAAAAAGGUGGAUGGCAUACAUUGGAAAGCCUUGGAAGGUGAUGGUGCAGAACCUACAGUCAAACCUGCUCCUGGAGACCCCACCAAAAAAGAUUUUGCUCCAGCUUACCCAUCGUCUGCUUCCAAGAAGCAUGACUGGAAUAAGAUUGAGGCAGACAUCAAGGCUGAGGAGGAAAAUGAAAAGCUUGAAGGGGAUGCUGCACUCAAUCAGCUUUUCCAGAAAAUUUAUGGACAGGGAUCGGAUGAAACUAGGAGAGCAAUGAAUAAGUCAUUUAUGGAAUCAGGAGGAACUGUACUCAGCACUAACUGGAAGGAAGUUGCCAGUGAUAAGGUGGAUGUGAAACCUCCAGAUGGCAUGGAAUAUAAAAAGUGGAACCAGUGAUUUAAUACAGCAUGGAUAACAGGCAGAAAAACCUUCCUUGUGCUUUAGUAAUUGUGAUAAGGUAGUUUUCUUGUUUGGUUUCCAAGAUUAUCUUUCUAAAUAAUGAAAGAAAGGAUACUUGUUGAAAGAAAAUUCAUGAAUAUUAAUUUGCUUUAAUCUUGUGUUUUUGUGAAUUGUUUCGUCAGUACUGUUAGGAUAGUGCAAUCAAUCUAACUUUAUUCAGCAAAAUAUGUUGCUGUGUUGUAUGUUGUAGCUUUAUUUUAAAUACUUUAAAUAAUUUAGUUAUUUUGUGCUACACAGGCUUUAUUGGGUAUAAGUACAAAUAAGAAUAUGAAUUAAAUCCUAAGAAGUAAUAGCUCAAAGUAAUACUAGCAGAGAAGUGUUUGAGAUUUUAAAUUUUGAUGGAAGGUUUUCACGUCCUUUAAUCUUAGGAUUCAAUGAGUGAUGUUGUAAUUACCUUGAAUGAACUACUAGCAAAGCAUAUAAACUCCGGGAACACUACAUAUUUCAUCAGAAUGUAAACUGUGAUGGCACUUUGAGGAGACUGUGUUCUUGCUGAUCUAUGGAAAGUCUAGGAAAUCAAUUGUAAAAGCACAAUUGCAGAGGAAAAUUGAUCUUUAUUGAUUGGUGUUAGAUCCAGUUCCUUUUAUAAGUGCUCAUCAUAAAUUGCGGCAGUCUUAAUGGUUAAAACUUGAGUUAGGAUGGUUUUUCUUUUGAAUGUUUUGAAUAGCCAAACUGUAAAACUAUAUUAAGUUCUCCUUUUUGGUACUAUUGUGCUGAUACAUGAUUCAUGAUGUUUUCUGGCCAGAUAUAUACAAUAUACUGUGAGGGGUAAAAAUAUAUGAAAGGAGAUUUGUUGUAAUAACUAUCAGUUGAUUUAUAAAUAAAUUGCAAAGUUUUA